GUUGGUUCAAGCAUCGCAAGCACUUUGCUAGUCCUCUCGUGGACGUCUACCGGUCCGGUUUCUGGCUUGAUUUACAUUUAUAAUAUACUAACAUCCACAUAUACACACAAGCACACACAUUGUCACUCGCUAAAAUAAUAAUAAAUAACCGUGUAUUUACAUUUUAUGCAGUGACGCUUUUUAAAUACUUUUAUACGACUAAUUAUUACGAAAAUUUAUUUAUAAUUUCUUCAGCACAACCGGUAAAUUACACUAAUUUUUGUGGGAACUCUUGACUUUUAAAAUAGUGCUGUGAAACUAAAUAAUUAUACAUAUUUUAAUAUAUAUCUGAAAAUAUUAAUUCUGCUCAAAAUAUCAUUAAUUUUUUAAAUUUGAACAUAUGCGUUAAUAGAGCGGGAAAUUUUAAAUUUAAAUGAUACUUUUUUUACACGCGAUUAAUUAAGUCAGCUGUCAUCGGGGGAUUAUUAAUUUUUCAUCGAUUUGUUAUUUCGUUUUGCUUAAUGCUAUUACCCAGCUAAAUUUAUUUGUUUAUUUUAAGUAUUAUAUAUUUUUUUUUUUACAAAUAAACUAUUUUCGUGCUGAUAAAUAACAAAAAAAUAAUAAUAAUUAUUAGUAUAUUCAUUUUUCCAUUCGUUAAGAGUGUCGUGUUCUAGUGCUUGAGUUUAUUUUUUAGUGGAUCUGAAGAAAAAAAACUUGUCGACCGAGUUCAUUUCGUUAAAAGAAGGUCAAGAGAGUUGGCAGCAGCAUCAUUUGAUACUGCUACUGACUUAAACCUUUUUUUUCUAUUGUGAGGCGGCAGUAAUGAAAAAGACGAACAAAAGAAUAAAAUUUUAUUAAUUAAAAAAAAAAAUAAAAUAAAAAUGAACUAGUGAUAAAUAAAUAAAUUUGUGAUAAAAAGAGUAUCGUUUAAAUUAAAGUCCAGAGCAUGAAAAUGUGAGCAAGAACAAUGAGAGCGUGAAAAAAAUAAGAAUAAAAGAUUGAGCAAAUAUACUUUUUGUCUCCUCUGUAUGCAUAUAUUUGUAUUUGUGUUUUGACAUUCUGCAGCUCUGCGGCAAGAGGGAAAUGUAAAAAAGUAAAAAAACGGAUGAAAAAAGGUGAGAUGGGAAAGGAAGACAAAGGGAUGAUUUUGUAGUGGUCACGUGAUUGGUCGCAUCAAAUGCUGUCAGUAGUGGCAAUUGAAAGCUGGUGUGACUGAAAAUGAGCGCGAUGCAAACGGGACGUGACAACGAGCCAGGGCCAAAGCUCGUAGGCUUGCAAACGAACAUUCUAAUUUAUCUGGUACUGUCUCAAUUCCUCAUACAAAUUGGCACGUUUAUAUACCUGUGUGCGUACAUAUCACGAUUGGAGAAUGAGAUUCAAGAGUUAGUUGCUGAGGUUACUGACACUGACGCUGAAAAUACUAUUGACGGUACUAAUGAUUCCGUUAGAAGAAAACGUAGUAGUGCUCUUCCACUUCCUGAAGAUAAUGCGGUCUCUGAGGUCUUUAGGAUUAGGGAUGAAAAAGAUUCAGUAAAGGAGACGAAAAGAGGUACAAUUUCGCCGGAAGGAGCACCCGGUGAUACGAUAUCAUCCCUGGUACCCAACAGCGACAGCUGGCUCUGGUUGACGGCUGACACACGUGUACCAUUCGAUGCAAUGGACACAUUGUGCAGGAAAUCUGCAGAAUAUUGUCCACCAGGAUUGCCAGGUAUACCGGGACCUCCUGGAGUGCCUGGAGACCGUGGAUUACCUGGGAUUGCUGGUCCAAUAGGACCAGAAGGGCCGCCAGGUAUUCCUGGAUACACUGGAGAGCGCGGGCCUCGUGGAGAACCCGGACCUCCUGGUCUAGAUGGCCGCGAUGGAAUCCCCGGCGAACCUGGACUCGACGGAAUACCUGGCAGAAGUGGUCUUGAUGGAAUUCCGGGAACUGAUGGGAAGCCUGGUCGCGAUGGAAUCCCCGGAUUACCUGGACGAAAUGGCACUGAUGGCAAGCGAGGACUCAAAGGUGCCACUGGAAAUCCCGGACCUCAAGGACCACCUGGUGCCCGAGGAGAACGUGGUAUUCCUGGAACUCCGGGCAAAGACGGGAGUCCUGGAAUUCCGGGAGUGGUGGCAUGGGAAGUCAGGAGAAAUGACAGCAAAACCAAUGAACUGCUCAUACCGCCCUCUAUUCUCAGUGAAAACUUGCCGCAACAUGUGACUUCUGUGCCAGAACGAUCGUAUUUACAGUUGCAGUGUGGAGCCAGCGGCAAUCCGAGGCCUGUUAUCCAGUGGUCAAAAAUCAGUGGUAUGGCCAUACCUAUGGGCUCUUGGCACGUUUCGUCGGUAAUUGGAACUAUUCUAAAUAUUACUGUUGUUAACCGAGAGCAUAUGGGCGAAUACAUGUGUAUAGCUGACAACGGAAUACCACCCCCGGCGAGUUACAAAUUUCGACUCGAGGUACAAUUUCCACCUUUCAUUAGAGUAUGCCACCAAAUUAUAAAAGUUCAGUUGGGCGGAAUGGCGAUAUUAGAAUGCGAAGUCGAAGCAUUUCCAGAGCCAACAACAUGGUGGGAAAGAGACGACGGGAAACCUUUGGACAUAUCGCCAAAACACCGAAUGGAAAUUUAUGACAAAAGAGAUCUAUACAAAUUCAAAAUGCGUCUCAACAUCACUAAAAUAACUUACCAAGAUCACGGGUCUUAUCACUGUACCGCUAAAAAUGUAAUAUCUAUAACAAAGGGCACAGUGAUGGUUUAUGAUGGCACAAAAAGAGUAUCGAUGGAUAGUGGAGAGUUACGACGGGAGGUAGUUUAUGGUGAGCGGCCACCCAAAAAAGUUGAUAUCCAUGAUAUUUGUCCGCCUCAACUCAGUUGUGACAAUUGUCCUCAAAACAAAUGCGGUUUUUCCGACUUCGGCGGAUGCUUCGACAUCAGGCCGCUCGCUACACAUGAUAAUUACACUGGAUUGCCUCCCCGGCAGGGUGUGGGCAUACUGGAAGCCGUUGGGAAACCCGUAUUCAAAGGGAAUAUGGAUGAUACUCACGGAUAUUGGAUGUAUGAUGCUCUACCCAGAACAGAAUCUAUAUCUGAGAAACUAUGGGUUACACGUAGUAACAAUUCCUGGUAUAUUUUUGAAUAUAAUAAAAAAGAUGAUGUCAAGAGAGGUCAAUCACGUGCUAUACGCUUACCCUAUCCAUUCAAGGGUAAUGGGCAUGUUGUCUACAACGGAUCAUUUUUCUACAACCCAGAAAAUCGAUCAUCGAUAUAUCGGUUGGAUUUAAGUACUGCUCAAACAACCCACAAUACACCGCACUACAGCAUGGAAUUAAUUUUACCAGGAUUAAAAAUAAACAAUAAUAAUUAUUUGUACUCACGUGACCACGAUUCGAGUUACGUGGAUUUUGAUGUAGACGAAAAUGGUUUAUGGGUCAUUUAUGGUCUGCCAUUAAACUAUACAGCUGUGCUAAAAGUUGAUAUCGUAAAAAUGAAAGCUCAACAGGCCUGGAAUAUAAGUAUCGAUCAUCAUAGAUUCGGAGAAAUGUUCAUUGCAUCCGGUGUCCUUUACGCAGUCCACAAUGUGACUGGUCCUAGUCUGGAAAUACGACUAGCGCUGGAUUUAUACAGGCACGCGAUACUAGAUGUACACUUGUCCUUUUCGAAUCCGUAUCGCAAAACGACAAUGAUACGCUAUAAUCACAGGAUGAAAGAAUUGUAUACGUGGGACAAAGGAAAUUUACUAGCAUAUCCGGUAAAAUAUCAAGACACUAAUAAUACAAGCGGACUAUAUUAAUUGUAUAUUUUAAAAUAAAAAACCAAUAAAACUAAAUAAAGUUAAAUUAAAUUAUAAGAAAAUAAUUGAUCAAUUUACAAGAGUAUUGCGAUCCAGAAGUUUGAGCUUCUGAUCUGCGGGAGAAGUUUAAAAGUUUCACCAAGAUCUGUCUUUUAAUUAAAUAGCGUCAGUAUCGGUUUACUUCCGGGUAUCGUCGACUUACCAAGACGAUCACGUGAUUGAAUUCUCUCUGAGCACAAUCAAUAAUUAUAAUUAUAAUUAAAAAACUUGCUCUCAUAAUUUCCCUUUUUUAUUAUUUUUUUUAACUUUAAUAUAUAUCUGGUAUUUAUUAAU